AUGGCAACACUCAAGGACCUCGCCUCACCACAAUUGAACACUCAAUUUUUGUGCAUUCAAUUUGACGAAGAAAUUGAGUUGAAACCAACUUUGCGCAACUCAUUGCCCAAGUUCCAUGGUUUGGCGGGGGAAGAUCCAAAUCGUCAUCUUCAAGAAUUCCACAUGGUACUUGUAAGUGUGAAACCAAAGGACGUUGAAACCGAUAACGCUAUGCUUAGAGCAUUCCCAUUUUCUCUUAUGGAUAUGGCCAAGGAGUGGUUUUACAGUCUCCCAGCAGGUAGUAUUACUACAUGGACCGGUAUGAAGAAACUCUUUCUUGAGAAGUACUUUCCCGCAUCCAAGGUAGCAAAAAUCAGAAAAGAGAUACGUGGCAUUGUUCAAAUGGCAGGUGAGACUUUGUAUGAGUAUUGGGAGCGAUGCAAGAGAUUAUGUCAAAGUUGUCCACAUCACCAAAUCACGGAGCAACUUAUCAUCCAAUAUUUCUAUGAAGGACUCUUAUUAAAUGAUAGGACAAUGAUCGAUGCUGCAAGUGGUGGAGCUUUAGUUGACAAGACACUCGCACAAGCAAGAACUUUGAUUGAGAAUAUGGCAUCCAAUUCGCAGCAAUUUUCCUCCCGAGCAGAAACACUUGUCAAGAAGGUUAAUGAGGUUGGUGAAACUUCUCAUAUGGAACAAAGGAUGCGUAAUAUGGAGAGGAUGAUGCAACAAAUUUCUGCAGUGAUUGUUCCAUCAUAUGAAGGCAAUAUGGAGCACGCAAAUGCUAUGUUCCAAAAUCAUCAAAGGCCAAGGUAUGAUCCAUACUUCAACACAUACAAUCCGGGUAGGCGAGAUCAUCCAAAUUUCAGUUACGCCAACAAGCAAGUUGCAGCAAAUCCUACUUUCAAUCAACAAGGUGACUACCAAUUCAUGCAAAGACCACAACACGAAACUCAAGGCACAAGUGUGGAUGAGAAAUUCACUCUUAUGAUGCAAGGGAUGCAAGAGAUUUCGAAGUCAAUGCAAGGGUUCAACAAAUUCCAACUGAAAUACGAGAUGGCUAUGAGAGAUGUGCAAAACCAAGUUAGUCAAUUGGCUAAUGAUAUAAAUCUACUCAAAGCACAAGGGUCUGGAAAGCUUCCUUCGCAACCGCUGAACCAUAAGGAGAAUGUCAAUGCUAUUGAGCUAAGAAGUGGGAAGCAAGUUAAGCAAACGGCAACAUCACCGGAUGCUAAUGAACCUGUUUUAGACCAAGAAGUAGACGAAACAGCCCCUAAUAAGGCUGAUCUGGUAACAAACUCUCACUCUAAACCUCUUGUGUCUACUAAUGUCACUCCACCUUUUCCUAAUAGGUUUGCAAAAUCAAAGAAGGAGACGCUAUACAAAGAAAUUUAUGAGAUAUUCAAGAACAUUCAAGUGAACAUACCACUCCUUUAA